AUCAUGCAUGGUUCUCAUCGAUUCACUUGCUUGAAGCGCCCGUCUUUGUUUCAGUGCUUUGCACAUUGUCUUUUGAAGACCUUAUUGCCUAUUGCCGCCUUCCGCCUUCUAAACCAAUUUUCCACAUUCUCUAUUGCAUUUUGCUUUCUAAUCUUCAUAUAUGGAUAUUCGGUACUUUAUUAAUGUUGCAAGUGAAACAAAUUAAACAAUGAGCAAACAGUAUAUAAAGUGGCUGCUACUUACCCAUAUUAAAAUCGCGUACAAUCAAUGAAUGAUCAAGGAUGCUGUAGGAUAUGUUGGUCCACCAUCGUAUUAAUAUCUGGAGUUCUUCGACAACUGAACGUAAAACAGUAUCCAGGGGUUCUUCACAGGGCAAAAUAGAAUUAACUGCGAAUGCUUUUGUUUUCAAAAAUCUCAAAAUGGAAGUAGAUACAGAAAAAGAUCUUGUCAAAGGGAGUGCAGAGCAAACAGGUAACGAACUGACAAGAGGACUGAUGAAGCAUAAGUUCAAUGAAAGAUAUUGCACUCGAAGCAAUAAUGAAACUGAGUCCAGUCAUUGGCUAGCAGACGACUACUAUAGAAAGGGAAAGAAUGAUGAAUCAAGUACAAAUCAGACUCAAGUUAAAGAAUCUAAAUCUUCAAGAAAAUGUUCCAAGCUUUGUUAUGACGAGACUGUACUGGUGGAGAGGGACUCUGAUGCCAUGUUGAAGUCAUUUUCUCAUGAAUUUCAACAUGAUCAUGGUGCGGUUCGUUGUGAUCCUCACUUGCGAUCUGAGGGUAUAGGAAAUUGUGUUACUCUUUUAUGUGACAACGCAUUUCGUUGCACUGCUACUUGCUCCAAAAAAAGCCCAGCUACAAACAUGGUUCAUAAAAAACAUCCACCGUUGAGCAGAGUGGUGGCAAAACAUUUUUCUUCAACACAGAUUGACAGAGCGGACAGAUUUCUUGUUUCACGUCCUCCCCCAAAAAUAGUCUCAAGAACAUCUUCAAGGAGAAAGCUGCUCAUUCUUGAUGUAAAUGGGGUUCUUGCAGAUGUAGUUUCUCCUCCACCAAAGGACUGCAGAGGGGACAUAAAUAUCUUAAGACGAGCCAUUUUCAAGCGACCGUUCUAUCAAGAAUUUUUAAGGUUUUGCUUCGACAAUUUCGAUGUGGGGAUUUGGUCUUCAAGAUCCAAGAAGGUAGUUGAUCGGGUGAUCGAUUAUUUGUUGGGAGAUAUGAAGCACAACUUGGUGUUCUCUUGGGAUUUGUCCAAGUGUACUAAAACAGGGCUCUAUACUCUAGAAAACAAGCACAAACCCUUAGUUUGCAAGGAUCUGAGGAAGAUUUGGGAAGGUUAUGAUGAUGAUCUACCUUGGGAAAAGGGUGUUUACAAUGAAUCAAACACAUUGCUGCUAGAUGACUCUCCACAUAAGGCUUUGCUUAAUCCUAUGCACACUGCUGUAUUCCCUUAUUCCUUUACUUACAAGGACAAGCAUGAUACUUCUUUAGGCCCAGGUGGUGAUCUUCGUGUUUAUGUGGAAAAGUUGGCUACUACUGGUAACAUGAGGAAAUACGUAGAGAAACAUCCGUUUGGACAAAGUCACAUAGAUGAGACAAACUCGUACUGGGAUUUUUACUCUAAAGUUCUCUACAUGCAGUCUAAUGUAUCAACCACUUCAUACCUUGGAACUAGAAUGGGCAACAGUGUUCCGCUCAUACGUUAGUGGAGCACACCUGACAGAUGUUAUAAGGUCUUGCUGUCUCUGCUUACACACUAAAAGGUCCUCUACCAUUUGAUUAUAUUGCACUAAAGCCUCUACCUACGCAAUAGAUCUCUGCCGUGAACGAAAGAUAGCCACUUCAAACCACAAGCCUAUGCGCUUAUGGUUUUUGCCUAUGCACUUACUGUUUCUGUUUUGCCCCCCCCCCCCCCCCCCCCUCCUCGAAAUUCCCAAAGAGAAAUGAAAAAAAAAAAAGAAAAGGGUUCAGAUAUAUUUCAUGUGUUAUAUGCUUUUGGCGAUGCUUACGAAGGUGGCCAUCCCAUUUUCAUUAUUGCUGGUAUCAUUAUUUUAGGAUGACAAGUUUGCUGGUUAUAUUAGCAUUGGCUCUCAAUCUGAAUUAUUUAUUGCUACCAAAUUUACAACUCGAAAUAAUAUUACAUCUAGCUUGUAAACAAGUCUGCUGUGGGUUUAGUUCUAGUUU